CCUCGGAAGUGACGCAACGCGCCCCGCCCCCUCCGCUAGAUCCGCUGCUGCUCCCGCGGCGGGCGGAUCUGCAGGAGGCGGCGGCGGCGGCCGAGGCCGAAGGAAAAUGGCGGACGGUGUGGAUCACAUAGACAUUUACGCGGAUGUGGGCGAAGAGUUCAACCAGGAAGCUGAAUAUGGUGGGCAUGAUCAGAUAGAUUUGUAUGAUGAUGUCAUCUCUCCAUCUGCAAAUAAUGGAGAUGCCCCAGAAGACCGAGAUUAUAUGGAUACUCUCCCACCAACUGUUGGCGAUGAUGUGGGUAAAGGAGCGGCACCAAAUGUUGUUUAUACGUAUACUGGGAAGAGAAUUGCAUUAUAUAUUGGCAAUCUAACAUGGUGGACAACAGAUGAAGACUUAACUGAAGCAGUUCAUUCUUUGGGAGUAAAUGAUAUUUUGGAGAUAAAAUUUUUUGAAAAUCGGGCAAAUGGCCAGUCAAAAGGGUUUGCCCUCGUUGGUGUUGGAUCUGAAGCAUCCUCAAAGAAGUUAAUGGAUCUGUUGCCUAAAAGAGAACUACAUGGUCAGAAUCCUGUUGUAACUCCAUGCAAUAAACAGUUCCUGAGUCAAUUUGAAAUGCAGUCCAGGAAAACUACACAAUCAGGACAAAUGUCUGGGGAAGGUAAAGCUGGUCCUCCAGGAGGCAGUUCACGUGCAGCAUUUCCACAAGGUGGUAGAGGACGGGGCCGUUUUCCAGGGGCUGUUCCCGGUGGGGACAGAUUUCCUGGGCCAGCAGGACCAGGAGGGCCACCCCCACCCUUUCCAGGAAAUUUGAUCAAGCAUCUUGUUAAAGGAACUCGGCCUUUGUUCCUGGAAACUAGGAUUCCAUGGCAUAUGGGGCACAGCAUAGAGGAAAUACCCAUUUUUGGCCUAAAAGCUGGACAGACUCCACCACGUCCACCAUUAGGUCCUCCAGGCCCACCUGGUCCACCAGGUCCUCCACCUCCUGGUCAGGUUCUGCCUCCUCCACUAGCUGGGCCUCCUAAUCGAGGAGAUCGCCCUCCACCACCAGUUCUUUUUCCUGGACAACCUUUUGGGCAGCCUCCGUUGGGUCCACUUCCUCCUGGUCCUCCACCUCCAGUUCCAGGCUACGGCCCCCCUCCUGGUCCACCACCUCCACAACAGGGACCACCUCCACCUCCAGGCCCCUUUCCACCUCGCCCACCUGGCCCUCUUGGGCCACCCCUGACACUUGCUCCUCCUCCGCAUCUUCCUGGACCACCUCCAGGUGCCCCGCCGCCAGCUCCACAUGUGAACCCAGCUUUCUUUCCUCCACCAACUAACAGCGGCAUGCCUACAUCAGAUAGCCGGGGUCCACCACCAACAGACCCGUAUGGCCGACCCCCACCGUAUGAUAGGGGGGACUAUGGGCCCCCGGGAAGGGAAAUGGAUACUGCAAGAACGCCAUUGAGUGAAGCUGAGUUUGAAGAAAUCAUGAAUAGAAAUAGGGCAAUCUCAAGCAGUGCCAUUUCAAGAGCUGUGUCUGAUGCCAGUGCUGGUGAUUAUGGGAGUGCUAUUGAGACAUUGGUAACCGCAAUUUCCUUAAUUAAACAAUCCAAAGUAUCCGCUGAUGAUCGUUGCAAAGUCCUUAUUAGCUCUUUGCAAGAUUGCCUUCAUGGAAUUGAGUCCAAGUCUUACGGUUCUGGAUCAAGAAGACGUGAACGAUCAAGAGAGAGGGACCAUAGUAGAUCACGAGAAAAGAGUCGACGUCAUAAAUCCCGUAGUAGAGAUCGUCACGAUGAUUAUUAUAGAGAAAGGAGCAGAGAACGAGAGAGACACCGGGAUCGUGACCGAGACCGUGACCGAGAGCGGGACAGAGAGCGCGAGUAUCGUCAUCGUUAGAGAAGCUGAAGGAAGAGGAACACCUUCCAAGACAAAACAGUCUUCAUGGGGGAAAAUGACGCUUGUCCAGCAGUUUGCUUCUUGUGAUUGAACUGAACCUGUAAGGAUUCAUGGAUAAAAUGAACAGGAAUAGAUCUGAAUAAAGCAAAUCUGCGUAAAUGGUAACCAGUAGCUCUACUUUUACUUUUUAUGUUGCUUAACUGUUUUAUUUGAAGGAAACCUGUGUGAUUUAAAAAGUUAAAGCUUUUGCAACUUUAUUACUGGUUAUAUACAUUUGGCCAUUAUAAUGUGCAAGCAGUUGGAAAAAAGUCAAGUAAAUGCUUGUUUUUAUAGUAGUUUGUUCUUGUUAAAAAUGUUCAUAUGAUAAUGUCUGUAAACAGCACCACUUUGAUUACAAUAGAUGUAGUGUUGUAAUAAACUGUUUAAUGGGGCUGAUGUGUAAAGCUGUUCAAGUUAUUUGAUGUUUACACCUCAGGGAAAGUCUUGUGUUCAGCAAUAUCUAAAGAUAAUGUUACUAUGAGAACAUUUAUACUGUCCUUUAAAAAGUAUUGCAAUAGCGUUUUUUGAAUAUGCAUCAAUCUAAUCUUGCGUUCAGUGAAUUAAACAUACUAAUUAAGUGUCUCUUGCCCUUGAUUUUGAUAUUAGAAUAGGUGAUGACCUGGAUAUUUAACAUUUCUAUAUUCUGCUUUUCUAGCUGUUUUUAUCUAGUUAGCUUGUGACUUUGCUGAAUGGUAUAUAAGCUUGUACAAACUGAAAUUUGACAGGAUAGCAAUCCAGUCAGUGUGUUAGGGGUCAAAAAGAUGUGUGGUUUUAACAUUCUAGUAAAAACCUGUGUGGUAAUUGCUACAAUAAUGCAGCUUAAUUACAACACAGAUGUACUGAAACACUUACUUGUGAACUGCUAGCAUUGAAGAAAUAUUUUGACAGUUCUCAUUUGAUGCUGCAGUUAUUUGCAGUUUUAUAUUGAUCGUGCUUAUGGUUUAAUUUUUAAGCCACAGGCAAUGUAAACAACCAUGCAGCGGAUAAAUAUGAGUAAAGAGAGCCUUAGUUUAAUUUUCCAGUUGCUGUAGAUUUCUGAAGGGUGUGAUGUUUAUUAACAUUGGGUUGAAUUCUCUUCCAUCUAUAAUGGAAGAUUAUAGGUGCACCCUAUCUCCACAGUUUAAGGAAUCUUGUGUAUGCUCAUGUAACCAAUUGAUACGUGCUAGAGUUUCUGAGUUAAUCAAAGAUUUUUUUUUGCAAACCUGUAUGUGUAGGCCCACAUUAAAAGCACCUUGUAGCAUGUGUUCUUAAUUGCAAAGUUAAUAUAGGCAGAGUGUCAUCAUAAUUGGAUAUUUUCAUAGGAAGGUAAUUUCAGAUCACUACUUCAGAAAUUUGUUGAGUUCAAAUCCACAAGCAAGGUAGUUUGUUUUUAAGAUCUGAUUAUCUUUGAGAGAUCUUCUGAUAAUACACAUUGGUUUUUAAAGAAUAGCCAAAUUUUAGGACAGUGCUUAAAGUAUUUGGGUGUCAUCGAUAUUAUGUAACAUGCACUUUGCACUGCCAUUGUUUAAUUUCAUCUUGUCCACUAGCAAACUACUUCUCACAAAAUAGCUGUUUUGAAUUAUUCGUAUUAUUGCCAGUUUUAUUUUAAAAAAUUUUGUGAUUAGAGUAUUUGUGCAUGGGAUCAUUGGCAUUUAUUACAACUAUUUGCUCUCAGAAAUGUUUUUUAUUUUAAUAUUUUAUCUUGUUGAAAAUCCAGUUGCUUUUUUAACAUUUUUGGAAGUUGUAUCAAAAUUGAUUUUAUUUUGUGUGUAAGUGUUGUUAGUUUUUGUCAUUUCUUAGCUUUCUUAUAUUUUAAUUAAAAUACCGUAAUGUGAGGAAGUAUGGACAUAAAUAUACUACAAAGGAAAUUAAUUAAUAGUUAACAGGUAAGUAAAAUGUCCAUGAGAGUAUAGUUUUCUCUGAGCAAUUUUAAAAUGGAAUCACAAAAAUCUAACUGCACUUGAACUUGAAAUGAAAACUGGAAAUUUUUCUACCAGUAAGUCCUUACUUCAUUUACCUUUUCAUUUUCAUCAGUGGAACCCUUUAAUUGCUCAUUCUCUGUCACUGUUUUUCCUACUUGGCUGAUCUGAUGACAUGACUUCUUUUGCAGAUAAUGAGUGUACUAGAAUUGUUUGUUCCCAGUCCAUUAUUUUAAGUGUUUCAGAAGGAAAUAACUUUUGGGUUUGACCAAAUAAUUUUGCCAAGUCUUUCUCUACCUGAUAACACACGAAUGUAUAGUAGUAAAGGUGAAAAUUGUAAGCCUUGUUUUUACUUUUCAUAACCCUUUUGUUGUUUACGGGCUGGUGUUAUUUGAAAACUCUUCUUUUUGUUGUUAAUGUGUAAAAACAAUCCAAAGAGAUAAGUCCUUGCAUAGACGCCAAAAAAUAAUUUAUUAGAUAUGAAAACAAAUGACUUUAAUUUUCAACCAUGGCAUUAGUGCUGUGCAGUCACAUUCCUUUCAACCAGUGAAAUUAUGAAUGAUAUAGCACCUGAACGGUAUUAUUGCUUCUGAAGCAGUACUGUGAAUUCAGUGUGCUGCUUUUGGUUUAAGGAAGUAUACUGUGGAAAAGAUAUUCCUGUCUAAAUUUGGAAGUUUAUUUUCUGUCUUCAUAAGCAAGAUUUUUGAAGUAAGUUGCAGUGGUUAUUGAUCAUAGUUUACCCCAUUUAAUGACUUCUCUACCUAGAAUGUUUUUAAGCAGUUAACUACAAUUUAGAGACCCACAAAGAACUUAAUAUGGAUUGUAUCUUAAGAUAUUAUUUUCAUUUAAUUCUCCUAUGGAGAAUAUUACUUUGUUUUUUAAUAGUUUAAGGUCAGUCUUAAAAUAAACACGGAGGUUUUAAUGAAUGUUGUAUAAUAUUUUAUAGUAAAGGGGGUAAAUUGUUGAAAGGGCAAAGACUUUCUCUUUCCCUUACGUAUUUAAAUGUGCUAAUAACCUAAAUACAUACUGUUUUAUACAAUGAAAUGCUACUACUAGAAUUUUCUGUUGGAGUGUUCUGGACAUUUUGGUUUUGAUACCUCAGUCAUUGCAUUUUCUGUAUCUUAUGAGAUGGCUCCAAUUUUGUGUUUAAGCUUCAGCUUAAGUUGUUUUAAGAGGAAGUUUAUGUUCUCAUUCUUUACAGAGAAUACAGUAUUGAGAUUCUCCCUGUUUUAUAGAUAACUGCUAUUUAAAUUUUAUUCAUUAAGUCUAUUUGCAUCCCACAGCCCUCUAUGAAUGUUUGCCCCAGUUGUAUGUACCUAUGUGCACGCUUCUCCAUUGUACAUAUUAGACAUUUUUUGUGCUAAAAUAUAUCAAGUGGGAUUUUUGUAGCAAAACAUUCUACUUUUCUUAUCUUUUACAGUGUUUUUUUUUUGUUUGUUUUUAAUAACGUUCAGUUUAAACACUGGUGUAUUUAUUUUUUAACAACUUGACUCUUAGAAGCCUUAGACUAAUUUUCUUAUAAAUAUUCAACCAAAAAUUAUAAAUUUAUUAAGAUGUGGCCUUACAUAUGGCAUUCCUUGUGUUUGUAGUAUGAGAUUUUUUAUUUAGAAAAAUCUAAAGAUUCAAGAUUAAAGUUUUAUUGUAAAUUGAAAUAGAAAAUGUGUGUUUAAAUGUCUAGGCUUCUGGGAGGAAGUUCUUAUACUCUUCUUUCUUAGCAGUAGAAAGAAGCAAUAUGAAUUUUUAUGACUAUUCAAAAUAUUCAGGCAAUUGUAUCUUACUCAAAUUGAUUUAGGUUUGUCUUAAUCAAUGUUUCUUAUUUAAAAUUUCAGGUGGUUGGCAUUCACUAUCUGAGUAUGCAGCUACUGUAGUUUUUGUAUGGGACACAUAAAUACUUGGUUAUAUAUUGAUAGAUUUUAGUUUUUUGAAGACUUCCUGCUAUAUUAAUUAACAUAUUGUAAUGGGAGUCUUUUAAAAUAUUAGAAUUUAAUUGAAGUCAUGCAAAUCUUGAAAUGGUAACUGCAGAUAGUAAAUACUACCAAGAGUUCAUGUGGGAGUAUCCUCCACCAUGGGUGUAAAUGUUUUGCAUUAAUUUCAUAAUUGGACAGACCCUGCAAUUAGUAAAAACAUUUCAUUUUGAAGGUGUGUUCUUUUUUGCCACACUGUUGCCGCGUAACACUUCUCAGCAUUCUGUAAGUUAAAUUAUUUUAAAAUUCAAUGGUAACUUCAUGUUUAUUUUUUUACUUCGAAAAUUGUAGUACUCAGGUGGUAUUUAAUGGGAAAAGAUCCUUUUUGGGUAAAUCAUAAUGUAUUCUAAGGAAUGCUCUAUAACAUUAAUGACUUUAGCCUUAUAAAAAGGUCUGUUCUUAUUCAUUCUUCCUCUACAUCCCAUGGUAUAUUAGCAAAGUAGUUUACAGUCCUGUAGAGUCUUACAAAGUUGGUAUACAAUUUUUAGUGGAAAGCCCUUAACAAAAAAAAGAAAAAAAAAUGUAUCAUAUUACCAGUAUCCGUGAAUAUUAUGGAAUCACAGUUUGUAAAUAAUUUGUCUAAUACCAGAAGGCCAAAGACCGUCUUACAGUUUUAGCUAUUGACUCUAUGGUGACUUCACAAUGAGAUUUCUGUGCAAAGGUAAGGUGAUGUUUGAUCAAAUUGGCAUCUUAUUGAUGUCCAUGAGAACUAGACUUCCAUAUUAGCUUCGAUUAAAAAGCUCAUUCCAUUUUAUUAAAUUGUUUGUAAUUGCAGUUUUGUGUUUAAUGUUUACUUUCUGUCUUUUCUUUCUUUAGCAUUUAGGUGACUGUUCAGCAGUUUGCUAUAUGGCCAUUGUUGGUCUUAAACUGCACUAGUAACAAGCAUGGUAUAUUAUCUUGUAUUGAAAAUAAAAUACAGUUUUGAUAAUACUUUGCAGUUUGUCUUUAUUUUGUUUGAUUUAUAGUUUAUUAACUAUUGUGUAUGAUUUUGAAUAAUUCAUAUCUGUUGGUAACGUGCAGUAUAACAAAAAUUCAACUGUUGUCUGCAUUUUAUUUAAGCCAGCCUCCUACAAAGUGGUUAUUUUCUUCUGUAUUAACAUUUUGGUGAUCUAUAAGACAGAUAAUACCUGACUAAAAUUAGCAUUAAAAACUGAAACACUUCUAGGAUACUUUAUUCUUAAAUCUAAAAUUCCAAAAACAUUUGACUAUUCUUAGGGGAUUAUUAACCUCACUAGACUUUAAUCAAGUGAAAAAUUUCUCUAGAUUGCAACAAAAAUAUUUUUAACAGUAAUAAAUUGUAAUCACGUCGCAGAGAUCUGACCUGCAAGCUUCAGGUAACGAUUCUAAACAAUUGAAAUAACCAUAUGAGAAAUAAUAGUACUGGGACCCCUUUCCCAUACCCCUACUAAGAUUGUGGUUCAGGUUUUGUUAGAUACUCUGUUACUCUUUGGUAUAUGUUUACAUUUUAAAGAAGAUUGCAUUCAUUGAUUUCCACUUGCCUUGAGUGAGUUAAGACACUUGUAGGAGCAGAGAGCAUUUGGCGUUUGACUGUAAGAAAAGAUUAUUAGGAACAUCUUUUGACCAGAUAACACACCAAACUCCAAAGGAUUUGGGACUUGUUUUAAUGAAAUAGGGAGAAUCUUUGUUUUUUUUCCCUUAAUAAAGGAUUUAUAGAGAGAAUUUUCCCAUUCUGCUAGUUUUGUUUCCUGACCAUUACCAUGAAACAAGAACUGUUAUUAGAAAUGAUUUCCAGUGUGUUGCAUUAAUAACUCUAAUCACCUAUUGUCAGUACAAGAUAAGGGAUAUUUAUAUUCUUUACCUUUCACAAUUCAUAUUCUGUUUAUAGGAAAACUGUAGAAAAUAGCAUUUAAUUCCCUAUUAAUGGAGGCUUUUCAUGAAGGAAUGAGACUUCAUUUGUUAAACUGGGAAGGGAAGUGCCUAGGCAAAGAGGCUUGCACCAAAGGCCUUUUGGCAGGAGGGAACUUACUAGUAGAAAUUGAAAGAAUGCCGGUUUCAAGCAGAGAGUAAGGAAUAUAGCUUUGGUAUGGGCUCAAGAAGUAGGCAAGGACCAGACUGCCAUGCUUGUACUUCACAUUAAAGACUGUCCAAACAACACUUGAAGUGUGUGAAGUACUACAAUUAGAUUAGCAUUUCAAAAAGCUGGGCUGCAGAUUAAACUGGGGAAGGAUACAUGAGAUUGGCCAGUUACGAUUAGCAGAAUGGUGAGUAGGGGUUGCUAGGUGCUGUCGAGUCGCUUCCAGCUCAACGACCCUAUGUACAAAAGAACGAAACACUUUCUGGUCCUGUGCUAUCUUUGCUUUUUAACACUUGAAAAGUCUUUUG